CCACAAACUUCUUCAGAGAGCAAACAUCACCUUCAGGUAUUGAUCCUAAAGCUGGACAUUAGAGCAGUUAUUUUCACAGAUAAAUGGAUUAUUAUUUAGUCUGAACUGAAACUAUGAGGAGGGAGAAAGUACAGUCGGUGCUGCUGGAGCUCAGUGUGGUUCAUUUACCUCAGUGACUGAAGCUGAAUGUAGUUUAAUCUGCUUCCAGGACAGGAAUUUUACUACACGGAGGUUCUCAUUUAAUCAGGAAGUAAAAGUAGAAUAGAAGCUCUUAACUUCUACUAAAUGAUGAUUUGUUGUUACAACAGCUUUUUCUGAAACAUGGACCCAUUUCAUCUGAGGAGGAGGAAGAUAAUGAAGAGUAACUAAGGAUUGUAUUAGUGUGAAUCUGUAGGAGGAGAUAGAGAUAAAAAUGGCGGCUGCAAGAAACAAUGAGUUUAAACUCUUUGGACCUCGUGUUGAAGAGCGUCAGUCUCCCUCUGCGGUCACUCUCUCCUGUCACCUGUCUCCUGAAAUCAGUGCUGUUUCCAUGGAGAUCAGGUGGUUUAAGGGGACGGACUGUGUUUGUCUCUAUAAGAACAGGCAGGUGACAGAGGGGAGGGGCUACGAGGGCAGAGUGAGUCUGUUCACUCAGGAGCUGCAGAGAGGAAAUGUCUCCUUACAGAUCAGAGACUGUAGAGAGGCAGAUUUAGGACAUUACUUGUGUCAGGUCACCAAUGGAGACACAACAGAGGAGUGUACAGUAGGAAUGUGGGUAUUUAAGGACAAACUGUAUUUCAGUGUCUGUGAGAGUGACAGAGAAUGGACAGAAGAGGAGAGAAUGAAAAUAAAGGAAUCUCUUCUGCUUAUGGAGUUCUCAGAAGAAGCCACACGUUAUAAAGAUAAAGUGAGUAUUUUAAUGGAGAGAAAAGCACAGCUGAUGGAGAAAGACAAACAAAUUCAAGAGAAAGAAAAACUUCUGACAAUAAACACAGAGACACUUCAGAUGAAGGACAAGAUGCUGGAAGAGAAAGAGACACUUCUCACAGAGACAAAAGAAAAACUGGAACAAAUGACCAAAGAAACUCAGAUACAGCUUAAAGAUAAAGACUCACAACUGGAGAAUCAGAUCAAACUGCUGAGAGAGAAAGAGACUCUACUGGAGAUCACAGUGAAACAGCUUGAAGAGAAGGAGAGACUUCUAAGUGAGAGAAACACACAGCUAAUGGAAAGAGACAAGCAGGUUGAGGAGAAAGACAGACUUCUAGAGGAGAGAAACAAGCAGCUGCAGGAGAGAACAGAUCCAGACUCAGCAGCUCCAGCCAGGAGGAGAAACAGCAAAUACUUUAUACCUCCACUCUUGAGUGGAGAAUCCUCUAGUUCAACCUCUUCAGAGUCAGUUCCUGUAGCAGAGCUCAGGCUGGUGCUGCUGGGGAGGACUGGAUGUGGGAAGAGAGCAGCAGGAAACACCAUCCUGGGCAGAGAGGAGAGGAGCCAGGCUGGAGCGUCUACAGUGAGGCAGCAGAGUGAGAGCAGACAGGGGGAGGUGGCUGGGAGGCAGGUGACUGUGGUGGACACUCCUGACUGGUUCUGUCCUGGACUCUCUCUGGAGGAGCUGAGACAGGAUGUGGGACUCUGUGUCCGUCUGUCUGCCCCAGGACCCCACGCCUUCCUCCUAGUCAUAGCAGUGAAGCAGUCUACAGGAGAGGAGAGAGGCAUGCUGGAGAAAAUGGAGGAGAUCUUUGGAGAGAGAUGUUGGAGGAACACCAUGAUCCUUUUCACUGUUACUGAUGUCCAAGAGAAGAACAUUGAAGAGUUUAUCCAGUCAGGAAACCAGGAGGUCCAAAGACUUGUAGAGAAAUGUGGGAACAGGUUUCACUGUCUCAGCAUUAAGGAGAGUGGAGAUGGUUCUCAAAUCUCAGAGCUGCUGGAGAAGAUAGAGAAGAUGGUGGAAGGAAACAGAGAGAAAUUCUACAGCAAUGAGAUCUACCUGGAGACACAAUCUCAGAUCAGAGAGAUAGAGAAAAUAAUGGUGCAAGAAAGAGAGGAGAUGAGGGAGAGACAAGAAAGAGAAACUAGAGAGAAACUGGAGAGAUGUGAACAGGAGAUUAAAAUAAAGUUGAAAGAACUAACAGAUAAAUUUAAUGCACAAAUAAAUAAACAUGAAGAGCGAAUAACUCAACUAGAGGAAAUGCUAAGAGAGGAAAGAGAUGAGAAGAGAAAGGUAGAGCUGGAGAGAGAGCUGGAGAGAGAGAUUCAGCGAAGGAAUGAGGUUCAGUUGGAGCUGGAGAGACUGAAAGAAGAGACUGAAAAGGAGAGGAGAGAGAUGGAGGAGAGACACAGACAGGAGAUGGAAGAGAUCAGGGAGACAUACGAAGGACAAGCCAAGAUGGAGGCAGAGAGAAUCAUGAAGAUCAUCCUGCCUGAACUCCAGCAGAGAAUCUGGGAACUCAUAAUAAAGAAACAGAAAGAGUUUGAUUGUAGGAUGGAUCAAAAGGAGAGAGAGAUUGAAACACUGAGACAGAGACUCAGAGAGGGAGUCAGAGAGGGAAUCACAGCAGGAGGAGAUGAUCAUCAGGACGACACUAGAGGACUGUUUAGCAGGUUAACACAGCGGCUGCUUUGGGGAACACUCAGUGAUCCAGUUAUAAUCACUCAGUCAGAUCAGUGAGAGCUCCUGACCGACUACCAGUCAUAGCAAAUGCACUGAUUUAACUCAUAGAGUUUUGAGCUUGGGAUGAGUGAAAUUUUCCCUCCCUGCAGUGUUACUGCAUUUCAUUUUUCUGGGAAUAUACAGUAUGUUACUGUAUUGCUGCAGUGUUACUGUAUCUGUUUUUAUUGUCAUUAUACAGUAUGUUACUGUAUUAAUGUAUUUUUGAUUGAUCUUAUUCAAAACACUACAUAUGCUAAUUUCCGCUGCAGCAGAAUCAGUAAUUUGAAUGAUAACAGCUUCUCCAGCCAUCAGAGUGAAGAGGAAAGAUCUACUGUGAUCUGUUUAGUGUGUCUUCUGCUCCACCUUUACCUCUUUUAUAUUUUUGAUUUGUAUGUAAUUCAGAAAAC